CGGUUACACUCUACCGAGGGAGGUAAACCCCUGUUUCCACUUAUAUAUUCCCAAGCCCACGCUACGCCUUACAAUCGAGAGGUUCCAGCCCCUUCAGCUUUGCUCAUUCGCCUUGUCAAUAUCCGCGGCCUCUCAUAUCUCCAUGGACUUUUCUCUGGAUCUUACGUAUAUAUACAUCUUCCGAAUGAACAAUACUAUAUGAAAACGGCUGAGCCAUGCUUGUACUUGGAGGCGCCAUCGUCGAAUUGUAGGAGAAGAAUAUGGAAACCACAGAGCCAGAAAAAAAAUACCAUAGGUCAUUGCCAUGCUACGAGAAGUGUCAACGAACGAAGUAAACUUCUAGAAGGCAGGCAAGCUAGUACCCGGGAAGACCGGCAACGGCUUAGGAUCACGGCAAUUUCAUUACAACAGGGCCACCUUUUCUUGAAUUCGCUCAGGGCUUAG